GCGGCUUCCUCUUGCGGGAGCGUGCGCAGCGGUGGAGCAGCCGCCAAGCGCAGUGUGCUGCGGAAUUGCAGCGCUGCAAGCGGCCCAAAGAGCUAGCGCCGAAGCGCUGCGGCCGUGGCGCAAGGCGUGACCCGACCGCCUCACAACAGGUGGCCUGAGCGCCCAGCCGGGACGCGGCGCGCGGGAGCAAGUUACGCAGCGGAAUAAUUCAUCAUGGCGCAGCAAAUACCCUUAACGUUUAGCGAGGUGCUCAACCUGCCGAGCCUGGGCGUCUCGGCGAACGCGAUAAAAUUCGGCGUACGCGACCUGAGUGAAUAAUGACCUUCCCGCCCGCGCCGCGCCGCCUUAGCUGUUUCCCCGUAUUAUCGAUCCGAACGCCCCGCGCGCGCCGCGCCGUUUCGCACCGUCGCGCGCGAAACCCCCGCGGAACGCCCACGCCUCGUUUCCUCACACAGUCCUGCGCCAUGGAGUCCGACGCCUUCGUGAGCGUCUGCGACGGCUCGUCCGGCCAGCCCCAGGUUUUUAUUGUGGACCUCAAGAACGGCAACCAGGUCAUGAAGCGGCCGAUGUCUGCUGAAGCCGCGAUCAUGAACCCGGUGAGCAAGAUCCUGGCCUUGCGGGCGGGCCAACAACUACAAAUCUUCAAUCUGGAGUUAAGAGCCAAGAUGAAGAGCCACCAGAUGCCCGAGGCCGUCGUCUUCUGGCGCUGGGUCUCGCCGUCGACGAUCGCGCUGGUCACACCGACCGCGGUCUUCCAUUGGUCGACCGAGGGGUCCUCAGCACCCUCAAAAGUCUUCGACCGCCAUGCGCAGCUCGGCGAGGGCACGCAAGUCAUCAAUUAUCAAGUAAGCCCGGACGAGAAGUGGUGCCUCCUCAUGGGCAUCAGUCAAGGCGGCGCCGGCGUUAUUAAAGGAGCGAUGCAGUUGUAUUCCAGAGACAAGUCGGUCUCGCAGACCUUGCAAGGCCAUGCCGGCUGCUUCCACACCAUGUCCGUGCCCGGUCGAACGGACAAGGCCCAGGUCCUCUGUUUCCAGGAGAAGAAGGAAGGCCAGCCCGCGAAGCUCUUCGUCAUGGAAGUUGGUCGAGAUGCGUCGGCCGGCGCGGCGUUCCGACUGGCCCCAGUGCCCAUCCCGGUGCCGGGCGACGCGCAGAACGACUUCCCCGUGUCUAUGUGAGUUGCAGUGUCCGUGACGCUUACGCCAUCGCCGCGCGUCGUCUCCGUCAGACGAGGUCGUUCCGAGAGGACGCGGUCACGUCGAUGGCGUCUUGAGACCGCGCCGCCGCGACGGCGUCGACGCGAUGCCACGUCGACGCGGCCGUAUCGAGGGAGCUGCAGCAUCGUAACAUCGCACACACAGGCUCGCCUCGCCGAAGCACGACAUCCUCUACAUGGUGUCGAAGAUGGGCUACCUCUACUUGUUCGACUGUCUGAGCGGCAAGGCCUUAUGUAGGGCUAGAAUCACGACGGACACCGUCUUCGUCACGUGCCCUCAAACCUCCACCGGAGGCAUUCUGGGCGUCACCGCGAGAAAAGGCCAAUUAUUACAAGUGUCGGUCAACGAACAGACGCUCGUGCCGUACGUCGUCUCGACGCUACGAGACACGCAAUUGGGAAUAGCGUUAGCCGGAAGACUAGGCUUACCAGGAGCCGACGACUUGUACGCGCAGGAGUUCCAGCGCCAGCUCGCCGCUGGUGAUGUCUCUGGUGCCGCAAAAACAGCGGCAGACUCGCCCAACGGCAUGCUGAGAACGGCAGAAACCAUCCAAAGGUUCCAGGGUUUACCAGGACAGCCGGGCCAGCCCCAGCCCGUCUUCCAGUACUUCCACCUGUUACUAGAGAGAGGCAAGCUCAAUUCCUUGGAGUCGAUGGAGCUUGCUAAGCCCGUCAUCGCGCAGGGGCGCACGCAGUUCCUCGAGAAGUGGCUCACGGAGGACAAGUUGGAGUGCUCGGAGCAGCUCGGUGAUUUAGUAGUACAAUCGGAUGUCAAUAUGGCUCUCUCAGUAUACUUGAGAGCCAAUGUCCCCGAGAAGGCCGUGAAUUGCUUCUUGCAACGGGGCGAGUACGACAAGAUCGCGGCGUAUGCCGCGAAGGUCGGCUACCGCUGCGAUUAUGGAGUUAUGCUCGGCAACCUAGCCAGGCAGAACCCCGCUGGCGCGCUAGAUUUUGCGAAACAACUUAGUGCGGGUUCAUUGGUGGAUCCGAACGCCGUGGUAGAAAUCUUCAUGGGCCUGAACCGCAUCCAGGAGACGACGGCGUUUCUGUUGGAAGCUUUGAAAGGUAACAAGCCCGAAGAGGGCUACCUCCAGACCAAAUUGUUAGAAAUCAACUUACGAGGCGGCUCCCCACAAGUGGCCGAUGCCAUUCUCCAGAACGCCAUGUUCACGCACUACGACCGCCAGUACGUCGCGAAGUUGUGCGAGAGCUGUGGGUUGUCUCAAAGGGCUUUAGAACACUACACGGACACGGACGACAUCAAACGGUCACUGCUCGCGAUGUGCAGCAACCCGCAGCAGUUGAAUCCCGAAUUUGUCCUGUCCUACUUCGGUUCGCUGUCUCCUGAAGCCUCAUUGGACUGUCUUCGCGAAUUAUUACAGCGCAACAUGCGGGGCAACAUGCAGAUCGUUACCCAGGUCGCCGCGAAAUACAACGAGCAGAUCGGGGCCGAGCCGCUGGUCGAGCUGUUCGAGGGCUUCAAAUGCUACGAAGGGUUGUUUUAUUAUUUAGGACAGAUCGUGAACUUUUCUCAAGAUGCUUUAGUGCAUUUCAAGUACAUCGAGGCGGCGGCGAAGUGCCAGCAGUUCAAGGAGGUCCGUUGUCCGGUGUCCUGCCUACGCCAUCGUCGCGUCGACUGCGUGGAGGCGGACGCGAGGGCACGCCAUCGACGCGAUACACACGCAGGUUGAGCGCGUCUGCCGCGAUAGUACCGUGUACGACCCCGAGACGGUGAAGCAGUUCCUGAUGGACGCCAAACUGCCCGACCCGAGACCGUUGAUCCACGUCUGCGAUAGACAUGAUUUUGUGGAAGAAAUGACGUCGUAUUUGCACAGCAACCAGCUCCAGAAGUACAUUGAGGUCUACUGCAACAAAGUCAGUCCCCAGAAGACGCCGUUAGUCGUGGGCAAACUCCUAGAUCUCGACGCGAACGAGGACUUCGUGCGCGGGUUACUCAACUCCGUAGGACAUGCGUGUCCCGUCGAGGAGCUCGUGGAGCAGGUCGAGCGUAGGAACCGACUGAGGUUGUUACAACCGUGGCUGGAGGCGAGAAUCGCCACGGGCAACCAGGAGGUGGGCACGCACAAUGCUAUUGGCAAGAUAUAUGUUACACUUAACAGGGACCCCGUAUCAUUUUUAACAAACGACCAGUGGUACGACCCGGCCGUGCUCGGGAAGUACUGCGAGAAGCUGGAUCCGUCGCUCGCAUUUAUCGCGUAUAAGCGGGCGGGUGGGGCCUGCGACCAGGAUUUGAUUCGCGUUACUACUGCUAAUGGGUUGUUCAAGGACCAGGCUCGGUAUCUCGUCGAGAAGCAGGACCUGGAGCUGUGGGCCACCGUGUUGACGCCGCCGGACGAAGAGCAGCCCGGGGAUACCUCGGAACAGAACCGUCGCUCUCUGAUCGACCAGGUCGUGCAGACGGCGCUGCCGGAGACGCGGGACCCCGACCACGUGUCUACUACCGUGAAAGCCUUCAUGGCCGCGGACUUACCUCAUGAGCUCAUUGAGUUACUUGAGAGAAUAGUGUUACAGGGUAGCGACUUCAGUGAAAAUAAAAAUUUGCAGAAUUUGUUGAUUUUAACCGCUAUAAAAGCGGACAAGGAGCGCGUCAUGGAGUACAUCAACCGCCUGGACAACUUCGACGGGCCGGAGAUCGCGAAGAUCGCGAUUAGCGACCAGUACGGCAUGUACGAAGAAGGUUUUGUAAUAUAUACAAAGUUCGCCAAGGCCGCGGCCAAGCCGGAUGAGGCCACCGAGCUGAACGUUUUAGCGAUGGGCGUGCUUGUUGGUGAUCUGAAGGCCAUGGAGCGCGCCGCCGAGUUUGCCGAAAGGGCCGACGACAAGGCCGUGUGGUCUCGGCUGGCCAAGGCGCAACUCGCUGAAGGGUUACUGGCUCCGUCAAUAGCUUCUUACUUGAAGGCCGACGACCACAAGGACUGGCCCGAGGUCGUGUCUGCCGCGGAAGGUUCCGAUAGCUAUGAGGAGCUCGUUCCUUAUCUAGUGAUGGCUAGAACCCAUGUCAAGGAAGCCCAACUCGACACGACCUUGAUCUACGCCUACGCCAAAGCGAACAAGCUCGGCGAGCUCGAAGAGUUCAUCAGUGCGCCGAACGUGGCUCGCAUCGACGACGUCGGCGAGCGCUGCUUCAACGAGCAGAUGUUCUCGGCCGCCAAGUUGUUAUUUGCGUCGAUCAACAACAACGCGAAGCUUGCGCUGUGUUUGGUGAAUCUCGAGCAGUACCGCGAAGCUGUCGACGCUGCGCAUAAGGCCAACAGUGUUUCUACCUGGAAGGAGGUCAAUCGCGUCUGCGUUCGAGUGGGCGAGUUCAAGCUCGCUAGGAUCGCGGGCCUGCAGAUCAUCGUGCACCCGGAUCACUUAGAAGAGCUCACUUCACUCUACGAGCGUUCAGGCGCCACUGAUGAACUCAUAGAAUUGAUGGAGCAAGGAUUAGGGUUGGAUCAAGCCCAUUCGGGCGUGUUCACGGAGCUCGGCGUCCUCUACUCGAAGUACGUCCCGGAAAAGCUCAUGGAGCACAUCAAGAUCUUCUGGAGUCGCAUGAACGCGCCCAAGGUCAUGAAGGCCUGCGAGAAGGCGUUGCUCUGGGACGAGGCCGUCUUCCUGCUCAAGGAAGAUGAACAAUAUGAUAGCGCCGUGAAGACGAUGAUCGCGCAUCCGUCCGCGUUCUCCCAUGAUCUGUUCCUGGAUUGCGCGCAGAAGGUGCGGAACGCCGAGGUCUACUACAAGGCCAUCGCGUUCUACGUGGAACAGCAGCCGCUGCAGCUCAACAGGCUAUUGCAGGUCUUGACGCCGAAUCUAGAUCACUCUAGGGUCACGCAUCAACUGAGAAAACUUGAGAAUUUACCUUUGGCCCUACCUUACUUGAGGGACGUCCAGAAGGAAAAUCUGACGGCCGUCAACGACGCCGUGAACGAGCUCUGCGUCGACGAUGAAGAUUACGACGCUCUCCGGUCGUCGAUCAACGACUUCGACAACUUCGAUCAUAUUGCUUUGGCCCAGAAGGUCGAGAAGCAUGAGCUGCUCGAGUUUCGACGCAUCGCGGCCACGAUCUACAAGAAGCACAAGCGCUGGGAGAAGAGUAUACAGUUGUCCAAAGCUGAUAAGAUGUACAAGGACGCGAUCGACACGUGUUCAGCGUCGGGCGACCCGGCCCUCGCGGAAGAUUUGUUGAGGUUCUUCGUCGAUGUGUGCGACAAGGAGUGCUUCUGCGCCACACUCUAUACGUGCUACAAGAUCGUAACUCCCGACGUGGCCCUGGAGCUGGCCUGGCGGUCGGAUUACGUGGACUUUGCGAUGCCCUAUGUUAUACAAUAUGCGAGACACCUGCACGAUACGAUCGCGGAGCUCGAGAAGCGCACGGCACCGAAGGAGGAGCCCACCGAGUCGGAGCAGGCCCAGGCCGCCGCGGCGGCCAUGUACGGCGACCCGGCCAUGGGCAUGGCCGGCGCGCCGCUCCAGAUCGGCUACCAGGACCCGUCGAUGGGCUACGCGGACCCGUCGCAGAUGUACAACGCGGGCAUGAACGGCGGCAUGGCGCCGCCAAUGCCUGGUACCAUGCCUGGUAUGCCUCCACAAAUGCCGCCGCAGGGCAUGUACCCGGGCCAGAUGCCGCAAUACUAGACACGCGCCUUCCCUCUCCCCGUCCCCUCCCCCGCUUCGUCGUAAGCAUCUAUAGGCGCUA